AUAAAAUGCGGCCAUAGCAAAAACUCACUUACAGAACUUCGACGACUAAUAUAUAUUUUCACCCAAUUUUCAUUUUUUCUCCCUUUUUUUUAUAAUUUUCCAAUUUGCUCCUCUUAGUUCACUUUAAAUAUCUUCAAAUCCUAAGCACUUGAACUUCAGCUCCAAUCGAGAAUCUUCAUUUUUUGGUAAUCCUUGAAACUAUACGGUUUUAAGUGACUUCUGGAUUUGUAGUUGUUUCUUGCAGUGAAAAAUUCGAAGCAUUUUUUUCUGUAUAUUGAAUUUCUUUGUUUUUGCGCGUUUUCAAGAGUCGGCAACUCUGGUUGUAAGGUUGGCAUUUUGAUGUUUAUGAGUUAUGUGACCUUAGGCGGGGAGCAUCAGAGCUGAGCAAAGAGAUGCUGGCAAUUGGCUUUCAGUUGGAAUGAAGAACUUACAGUGCACACAAGACAUAAAACCCUCAACUCAUGCUUUGCAUGAACCUAAAACAGAACAGCAAAACAAUCAAGCAGCAGAUGGCCCCUUAGCAGAUUCUGGUUCUUUAUCGGCUUCAAACAAUGAUGGCAGAAAAGUUUCACGCCAAGAUAUUGAACUUGUCCAGAAUUUAAUUGAAAGAUGCUUACAACUGUACAUGACUAGAGAUGAGGUUGUCAAAACCCUCCUGACUCGAGCAAGGAUAGACCCUGGAUUUACAACUUUAGUAUGGCAGAAGCUGGAAGAGGAAAAUGCUGAUUUUUUCAGUGCCUAUUAUGUAAGGCUGAAGUUAAAGAAGCAAAUAAUUUUAUUCAACCAUUUGCUUGAGCAUCAAUAUCAUCUGAUGAAAUAUCCUGUGCCUCCAAAGGUUCCUCUGGUCCCAAUACCAAAUGGGAUUCAUCCCAUGCCUGUUAACAACUUACCAAUGGGAUACCCUGUACUACAACAACCUCCAAUUCCUGCUUCAGGGCAACCUCAUAUUGACUCCAUGGGUAUAUCAAGCUGUCACGUGGUCAAUGGAGUCCCUGCUCCAGGCAAUUUUCAACCUAUGCGGAUGAAUUCUGGGAAUGACAUGGUGAUGGACAACAAUGCUGGUGAUGCAAUAGCUGCAGUUCAUCCAACUACUCCCAUGCCAUCUAUGUCAGAGAUGCCUGUGAGCCCUACAUCAGUGGCAUCCAGUGGGAAUUUCCCAUUCACUGCAUCAGACAUGUCAGGGAUGGGAGUCGACACAUCAGUACUUGAUUCAGCCUUCACAACAGAUGUGGCAAGUUCAGUAGGAUUGCAGCUGGGACCUGAUAAUGGAGCUGGGAAUUCUAGAGAUUCCUUUAGAACCCUUGAUCAGAUUCAGUGGAAUUUCAGUCUCACGGAUUUGACAGCAGACUUGUCCAACUUGGGAGAUUUAGGAGCCCUCGGAAACUAUCCCGGUUCUCCUUUUCUUCCCUCUGAUUCAGAAAUUUUGCUUGAUUCUUCGGAGCAAGAGGAUAUAGUGGAAGAAUUUUUCGUCGAUUCCAUCCCUGGACACCCGUGCUCUCCAUCCGAAGAAGAAAAAUCCUAGACCAGGGUGAGUGUUUUUCCUUAUGAUCUUAAAAUCGUUAGGUUAGGAUAGAGUUAGAUUGAUAAGAACAAUAUUCGACAUCUAUUCGCAAGGCAUUUUGAAUCGUUAGCAAUUUCGAACAUUUCAGCAGUGUAAUAUUUUAGUUUGAUCAAUCAAAUAGCAAUCAGCAAUGAGGAAAGUAGCCUAGUUCUCUCUUUAGUUAUAGUUUUAAACGGAUGGUGGGUAUGAGACUUUAUCUGUUAUUUGGAGAAACUUGAGGGACCAUUUGUUUGUAUUUAUUUUAUCUUGCAUACAAUGAUGAAAUCGUUGUUAUCUUUUCCGAUCA